UUCAUUCUUCAUUUCUAGCUGACAAGGAUCACAGUCUCUCUGUCUCUCUCCGAUCCUAUAAACCCCAAGAAGGAAAGAUUUCAUUUGCAAAUAUCCAUGGCUCCAUCAGCAGCAGCAGCAUCUUCAGACUCAAUUAAGCCUAGAGAUGUAUGCAUUGUUGGUGUUGCACGUACACCAAUGGGUGGACUUCUUGGUUCUCUUUCAUCUUUUUCCGCCACCAAGCUUGGAUCUAUUGCCAUUGAAGCUGCUCUUAAACGAGCAAACGUUGAUCCAUCACUUGUACAAGAAGUUUUCUUUGGCAAUGUUCUCAGUGCAAAUUUAGGGCAGGCUCCGGCCAGACAAGCUGCAUUGGGUGCAGGAAUACCUAAUUCAGUGGUCUGUUCCACUGUUAACAAAGUUUGUGCAUCAGGGAUGAAAGCAACAAUGCUUGCAGCACAAAGUAUCCAGUUGGGCAUCAAUGAUGUUGUUGUGGCUGGUGGCAUGGAAAGCAUGUCCAAUGUGCCUAAGUACAUUGCAGAAGCAAGGUUAAUAUACCCUUCUACUCAUGUUUCUCUUAGUUUUGAGUUAAAUUCCAAAGUUUCUGAUUUUAUACUAAAAUGCAGGAAGGGAUCUCGCUUUGGACAUGAUUCCCUUGUUGAUGGAAUGCUGAAAGAUGGUUUAUGGGAUGUUUAUAAUGAUUGUGCUAUGGGAUCAUGUGCUGAAUUAUGUGCAGAUAAACAUGAAAUAACAAGGGAGGAGCAGGAUAACUUUGCUGUUCAGAGCUUUGAGCGUGGUAUUGCUGCCAAAGAUUCUGGUGCAUUUGCAUGGGAAAUUGUUCCGGUUGAAGUUUCUGGAGGAAGGGGAAAACCAUCAACAAUUGUUGACAAGGAUGAAGGCUUAGGAAAGUUUGAUGCCGCCAAAUUAAGGAAGCUCCGACCUAGUUUCAAGGAGAAUGGAGGUUCUGUCACUGCUGGCAAUGCUUCCAGUAUAAGUGAUGGAGCUGCCGCUUUAGUUUUAGUGAGUGGAGAGACAGCACUGAAGCUUGGACUGCAAGUGAUUGCAAAGAUCACUGGGUAUGCUGAUGCUGCUCAGGCACCAGAAUUCUUUACAACAGCUCCAGCUCUGGCAAUUCCAAAAGCUAUUUCAAAAGCUGGCUUGGAGCACUCUCAAAUUGAUUUCUAUGAAAUAAACGAAGCCUUUGCUGUUGUGGCUCUUGCAAACCAAAAACUGCUUGGACUUAAUCCCGAAAAAGUUAAUGUGCAUGGUGGAGCUGUAGGCUUGGGACAUCCUCUAGGUUGUAGUGGAGCUCGUAUCUUGGUCACACUGUUGGGGGUACUGAGGCAGAAAAAUGGGAAAUACGGUGUCGGUGGUGUUUGCAACGGAGGAGGUGGGGCAUCUGCCCUUGUUUUAGAGCUUGUGUAAGCCUCUUUCAUGUUAGGCUGGAUAUGAAGUUGGGAGCUUCUCGUGCAAGAUGAAAAUCUGUUGGCAUCAAAAGUCCGAUGUUUUGCAAUUUUAUCUUCAUUUUCUCUUCCAUUUUUGGCUUUCUCUAGAAUAAACUAUUAAGUGUAUUUAGCUUCUGAAAGAAAUAGACUUUGUUUCUAA